AUGUCGUAUGCACGCAUGCACGACAUCAAUACGCUACUUCUGACGACAUUUGUCUCCGCCGUUGCUGUGUUGGCGUUCUGGUUGCCUUCGUCUCUGCGUCAGCGCGUGCGAUGGGGAUCUCGCUGUUUAUUGAUUUCAACGAGUGCUAUGGCAUAUGCGUCGCUUUGCCCGACAAGCGUGGUCGAGCUCUUCGGCGUCCGGAACUUUACCAAUGCCAAUGGGGUCUUGUCUAUAAUUCAAAGGUUUACGACUCUGUUGGGGACUCCUCUUGCUCGGUUGUUGCUUCGGAGGAGCCCGCAUUCAGAGGUGGGUCCGAGGAGCUACGAUAACACCCGUAUGUUGGUUGGCGUGCUGCUCAUUACUGCUACUUUUGCAGUGCUGUGGACCAAGAUUGAAGCCCGCUGA